AUGGAAAUUCAUCCCCCCCCCACUGCUGCCUGGUGGGAAAGACUUGUUCGAGUAGUCAAAGAACUCCUUAGGAGAACAUUGGGCAGAGCUGUUCUUACCUAUGAAGAACUGGAAACAGUUAUGUGCGAAUGUGAAAGGGUAGUAAAUUCGCGACCCUUGACAUAUUUAUCCGAAGAUACAGAAGACUUAGUUCCACUUACACCUGCCAUGUUUUUGACCGAUAGAUCCAAUUUAGAUGUAACUGAUAUAGACACAGUAGACACCAAUCAUCUCAGGAAAAGAAUCAGAUUUCGUGCAAAAUUAAUGGAAGAUCUCCGAGUACGUUUUCGAAAGGAAUAUUUAGGACUACUUAUUCAGAAACGACAGCAAAAUUCACAAUUUCCAAAUAUUCGAGUGAAUGACGUUGUGUUGAUAGGAGAUGAUAUCAAAAAGAGAUUGAAUUGGCCUUUAGCCAGGGUUACGGAACUGAUUCCAGGAAAGCGUGUGUAA